GUAUAUUUGUAUUGGGCAUAGCAAGAAACGAAAUGCAAGACGGCAAAAAAACACUUUUGGAGAAAUAUCAGAUACCUUUGAGUCACCUCGACUUUGGUUACAUUGAAACCUGUCAGAAUGCUCGCGAAUUGGAAAAGAUCGUACAAAUUCUACGUUCUGGAGAAGAAGGACAUUUUCCGGACCUGACGCGUUGCGCCGAAGAGAAGCUCAAGGAGUUGAAUCCAAACAGCAAACUGUUUCGCUUCGAAGAGAACAUACGCCACAGCGACAAAGCUCUAGACGCGCAAGAGUUGAAGCCCAUCUAUGACUGGACGGAGAGCAUCAAGACCAAGGAUAAUGCCAUGGCAGAGCUAAAGGAAGAUGUCUGUAGCUCCACAGCCGGACUGCUCCCCAUGCGGAAGCCUGCAAAAAUAGACACGGAAAAGAAGGAGCCGGUCAAAAAUGUGACUCCGCAACAAGAAAAGCCGAAGACAACCGAACAACGCAUCAAAUCCACGGACUACAGUAAAUGGGACAAGUACGAUGCCGAUGUGGAGCUGCUGCGCAUGGAUCUUGAGGAGGAACGCAAUAAAGAGCAAGUGGAGCGCAAACAUCGUUCGCAAGAAGAAAAGGCGCAUAUUAAAAUCUGCAAAGAUGGUGUCGAUGAUUUGCGCAACAAUUUGAUAAAAAAGCUAAGCCCCUUGGAGCGCGAAGAGUAUGCGGAAAGGUUUCGAAUGUGCGGCAAUGAAUGUUUCCGAUCCAGGGAUUACGAUUGCGCCAUUGCGGAAUAUGGUCGGGCUAUCGCAUACGAUCCGCCACAUGCUGCUCGUGCGUAUAAUAAUCGCGCGAUAUCACACAUGAAGCUGAAAAAUUAUGUAGCGGCUAUUGAAGAUUGUGAAGCAUGUUUGAAACUGGAGCCGGACAAUAUUAAGGCACGUCUGCGACUGGCUGAUGCCAACUACGCCCAAGGACGUCGACGCGAAUCUUACGAUCUAUAUCAGAAAGUGUUGCAAAUAGAGCCAGACAACAAGAACGCCUUAAAGGCUAUUGAACAGCUUCACAAUCAGUUUGGCGAGCUGGCUCCGGCACAUGCUACCCGCCUAACCAUAGAGGAACAUAGUUCACCCUCUGAGAAGGAACAUGUGAAGGUUAACUCAGCGCCAGCAGAGCCAGCUCCAAAACAAAAGCAAAAACCAGAGUCGACGCCCAAGGCUGCGCCUACCAAGGACUACGAUCUGGCCGAUCUUGUUAAACCGAAUCGUGUGGUGAAAAGCAAAUUAGUUAGCGCUGCCGAGGCCCUGGGAAAACUUAAAGGUCCAUCGGCUCAGCAGCCAUCACGGGAGCUGCCCAAGGAGGCGGCCAUGCCUAUAAUCCAUCUACCCACUAGCGCCCAGUCCAAAGACAAUAACAAGUUGCUCAUACAGGAAAUCUAAUUUAAACUCAAUAUUUUUGUUUGUUUGUUUAAUCAUCGCACAUGCAUUAAUAUGUAUGUAUGUGUGAAUUUAAAGAUAUUGUACUACCAGUUUUAAAUAAUGUAUCUGGCAAGUGUGCAUACGAAUACAAAAAUACUAGUAUAUUAUUUUUACAGAA